AUGAAAAAUAAAGCUAAAAAUAAGAAAACGCUAAUCCCUAUUUCUAUCGCAACUAAACAGGAUGCAUAUGCGGCUUUCCUUUCUGUUGUCGAAUUGUCCACCCAGCAACUCUACGGAGUCAAAUUUGUUCACCAGACCAUCGUAUCCAAACCUCAAGAGUACGAUAAAUCCAUUGCCUUACUUAGAUCAAGUCUUGAUCAAUUAGAAAAUAUUGUUGUCCAUAAAUUGCCUGGUGCAAGCAUGGCUACACAGCAACAGCACUUAAAAGCGAAAUCUCCACCGCCACCUGUACCGCCCAAACCAACGAAAAUCCAUCAAAAGCCGAUGAUACCGCCUAAACCGAAAGAAAUUAUGCCUAAAACUGAAGCUAACAGGACGCCGCCAGCAAUUCUACCAAUGCAAAAGAGAGGAAGAGGCAAUUCUGUGAGUUUUGCAGAGGAUUCCAAGCUGUUGCAGAUGACCAUUAUCGAAAACGACGAUGAGGAGGACAAGAUGAUGGAUACAGAAUCCAAUCAGCUACUGGCGACAACUGUAGAAGAUGAGGAUGAUGAUGACGAAGAAGAGGAGAUGGUAGAUUUUGAAACAACAAAGGCUGUAUCACCUCCACCUCCACCACCAGCAAAAAGGCCUGCGACAAGCUCUUUUAGCAAUGCAAACAACAUGAAACCCCAUAUGAGAAAAAGGAGUCAAUCAUGGGUAGUGCAGAGCGAUGAUACAAGCCAGCGAGACUCCAUUGAUGUCUUGUUGGAGACAGUGGUUGAUCCACGCAAUCUUGUUCCAGCGCAAACCAAUACAGGCGACAGCAUCUCGCUGCCUACCCUCACAGCCACCACAUCGCAACCCAACUAUGUCCCCAAUAUACCAGCACCACCUUUAUUAGCAACACAUCGUAGACUGCAACAGCGUUUGAACGAACUUGAAGCAGAGCUGGAAUCCACUUCCACAGAGACGGAUGGCUUGCUACUCAGGUCAGAGAGAUCACACAAGGUAUAUUGCGCUAGACAAACACUGGAAAAAGUGCGCACGCUGUACAUGAGUGCCAUGACGAUUCCAAGCAUUCUCCAGUUUCCACCACAACUGAUAGCGUAUCAGCUAACCUUAAUCGAAUCAUCCAUCUUUCGCGGCAUCCCGCCAGAAGCUCUGCUGUCCCAUUCUGCUCGUACGCCGCACAAGAAGAUUGUAGCAUCCACCGACUUUUUCAACUUUAUCACUCGAUCCAUUGAACACUCCAUUUUGCUGCCACAAGAAGCGUCGAGACGAGCAGAGAUCAUUCAUCGCUGGAUCAAGAUUGCCACCAAGCUGCUUGCCCUCAACAACUAUCAGACACUCAAGGCUGUAAUCUCUGCACUGGGUACACCACCUAUCCAGCGCCUGAGACGCACAUGGGAAUGUAUACCCAAGAAGCGUAUGGGAAGGCUGGAACUUUUGAAUACGCUCAUGUCUGAAUGCGACAAUUACCGCAAAUACCGAGAACACAUGGGGCUGGAACGAAAACGCUUGUGGUCUAAACCUGUAGUGCCGUUUUUAGGUGUCUUUAUCCACGAUGUCACUUAUUUGCAUGCAGCAGCCAAAGGAAAUCAGCAAGAUAACCGUGUGCAAGAUGUGUUGAGCUGUAUUCAGCUGUUUCAAAAAGCUCCAGUAUACCCACAACAACCUCCGCCUUCGUUUGUCCAUGCGCAGAAGAAGCAUCUGUUCCGUCCCAUGCUGUCAGACGCACUGCAUUUUGGCUCCUCGUCCAAGAAGAACAGCAACAGAACAACCACAGCCGCGCUGAUGGGUGAAGAUCAGCGCCAGGAGACCGAGGUGGAGCUGGAGCAGCAGUUGAUCAUCCAGUAUCUGCUGAUGAGGCCCUGGGUCAGCGAAAAGGUGAUUGAUGCGCUCAGUAAUCUGCGUGAGCCACCCAAGCCAAGAUCCAUCUCGUCGCCAACGUCCAGCCGGUACAACAGCGAUUCCAACGUCAAUCUGUCCAUCACAACAUCCUUGACUAACAACAGCACCACUCCCACGACCACAUCACCUUUGACAGCGACUAAUAACAAUGGCUCCAUUCUUAGUAACGCAAGUUCAUUUAUUAGAUUUAAUAGUAGCAGCAGUAGUAGCACACAUCAGCAGCAGCCUAAUGAAGACACCACAGAUGAAGAGAGCAAAAAGUCCAUUGUUGGUGGAUUUUGGCCAUUCAGAAAGAGUACAGACAUGAGUCGCAGUUCAGUGAGCACAGAGGACCCGCCCUCCUGGCAUGAUGAAUUCGACGACGAUGAAGACGAAGACGACGAAGAUGAUGAAGAAGAAGACGAGCAGGAGAACGAGCAAGUUUUGCAGCAGCAACAUCAGCAACAAGCCGCCAAAAACGGUAUGCUUAGCAUGAAAAAGCGGCCUUCUACCAUGAUCAAUCCUUCCAAUAGGGGCCAUAAUCGAUCCAUUUCACUGCCUUCCAAGUCGAUUCUAGUAUCAGAUUUAUAUCGUCCAUCUUGA